AUGUCGUGUGCAACCAAACAAACAGCGGAGCCCAACGAAAUCAAUGCUCUCCCAUAUGGCGCUGAACUACUAGCCAAGCUUGCCGCACCAAAUUUCCUUAGCCUACCAGUGGAAUUACACCAAGAAAUCGCCAGCCACCUCAAAACUGCCGCUAUCCCAGGUACACGCCAUCUCCGAAUGACAUGUCGCCUACUAUGGAAUACCAUCGCCUCAGAGUCAAAACAAGACCUACUUGAGCUCGAGCGGUCGGAGCAGUGCAUCGCCCGUGGAUUUAUAGCUUGCACCAUCUGUCUGCGUCUCCGUCACGAAACGAAGUUCGUGGACAAGAUGCGGACUAUUAAGAGAUCGGACGGCACUCUAGCCGUGCUUCGACGAGCCAAGAGGAGAUUCUGUAUCGAUUGCGGCCUAGCACGUAAACUCUACACGCCUGGCUGUUAUUUCCAGAUCGAUGGAGUUGGGUACACGAUGUGUAUCAGAGACAGAGGUACCGAGGAACUCCAAAUUUCGGCGUAUGAGGCUACGGAGCCAGAUGAAUGUAGAGAGUUGAAAAUGCUGAGAAAAAGGUAUUGCCGGAAAUGCUGGCUAAGGAUCAGGAGAGAUGUCCUGUGCAUUCUGGAUGACAUGGAGAGGGAGACUGAGCGUGGGGUCAUGGAUAACAAUACUCCAUGGGAACAAGAUAUCAUGGGUCUUCAGUUCUCAGUGACGCCAAGACUUGUCAAAAGAGAUCUCUUUCUCUGCAGGCUGAGGGAGGAUUUUCGAAAAGAAAAUGACGACAGCAUGACUAUCAAUUUCGCGUAA